AUGUAUUUAUAUUUAUAUAUAUUUACACUUCCAAAAUAUAUAUAGAAGAAUCGGAAGACAUGGCCCAUCUGCCGAAAUGUUUCGGACGUUUGCUCCAUCCCGGUGUGGUUCUUACCCAUGAGCUGAAUCAGAAAAUGAUUGCCUUUAUGACAAUGAGUGACGAGCGAGCCGAAUUGGACAGUGUCAUAGGACGCUUGCGUCAGCAGCAGGACGAGACUGAAAACAAUCUGGCCGAAGCCUUGUCCGAAGACGACUUUCAGGGUGCUCUUAGGGGACGUCCAGUGACUGAUUCGAAUGAGGAAGAAUUGCAUGAGAUCUGCAACCAACAUCUGGGUAGAAUUAUUGAAAAGUUGGCUACUAAUUAUGAGCGUCUCGUCUAUUUGGAUGCCGAAAUACGUAAAAUGAAAUCGACCAUUGAGAAAGGCAUUACCGCGGUCAAUGAACAGGCGGCAGCAGCAGCAGCUGAGUCAUCAAUGUGAUCGAUUAUAAUGAAGACAAGACUUUACUUUUAAUUCUUUUGUUUUUUAAAACACAAAAAGAAAUUACAUUUUAUUUUAUUCAUUACCAGGAGAAAUUGCUUCUGCCCUCAUCUUUCCCAACAUUAAAAUUUGGAUUAAUUAAAUAUAAAUUUACAUAUUUCAAGGCUUA